GAAAGUUCCCACGGCGCUGGCCGACCACGUUGAGAAGAACAAGUUGGAGGGAAAGCUAAAGUACACCCUGUUCGUCGGCGCCUCUUCCGGCGCGGAAACAGAGAACCGUUGGGCUCAAUUGAACAUGAUCGACCGUCGGAGUCCUCACCAGGUCGGCAAGGAGAUUGCCAAGGGUAUCAACAAUGGUCAGAUCAACUUUUUCGACAAGCAUCUGAGCAUGUUCCCGUCGGACUUGGUUUAUGGUUGGUACACAAUGAACAAGCCCAAGAACCGCUUGGAUGUCGCGGUUAUUGAGGCAUCCGCUAUUACGGAGGACGGCGGCAUUAUCCCCGGUGCUUCCGUCGGUGCCUCUCCGGAGCUGAUCCAGAUGGCCGAUAAGAUCAUCAUUGAAGUCAACACGGCUAGCCCGUCGUUUGAGGGUCUGCAUGAUAUUGUCAUGUCGGACAAGCCGCCCAUGCGCAAGCCCUACCUGAUCAUGCAGCCCGAGGACCGUAUCGGUACUCCCCACAUCCCGGUUGACCCUGAGAAGGUCGUGGCCAUCGUCGAGUCCGACUACCCCGAUCAGACUCAGCCCAACGCCCCCGAGGAUGAGGGCUCCCAGGCCAUCGCCACCAACCUGAUUGAGUUCCUGAAGCACGAGGUCAAGCAUGGCCGUCUGCCUGAGAACCUGCUGCCCAUCCAGUCCGGCAUUGGAAACAUUGCCAACGCGGUCAUUGGCGGUCUCAGCAAGGGUGGUGCCGACUUCACCAACCUCAAGGUGUGGACGGAGGUGCUCCAGGAUUCCUUCCUGGACCUGUUUGACAGUGGCAACCUGGACUUUGCCACGGCCACCUCUAUCCGCUUCUCCCCUGAGGGCUUCAAGCGCUUCUACGACAACUGGGAGCGCUACGCCGGUAAGCUGCUCCUGCGCCCGCAGCAGGUGUCCAACUCGCCCGAGAUCAUCCGUCGCUUGGGCUGCAUCGGCAUGAACACUCCGGUGGAGGUUGAUAUCUAUGCCCACGCCAACAGCACCUGUGUCAUGGGCUCUCGCAUGCUCAACGGACUGGGUGGAUCGGCCGACUUCCUGCGCAGCUCCAAGUACAGUAUCAUGCACACCCCUAGUACCCGGCCCAGCAAGGUCGACCCCACCGGUGUCAGCUGCAUUGUUCCCAUGUGUACCCACGUUGACCAGACCGAGCACGAUCUGGACGUGGUUGUUACUGAACAGGUAAAUCCCUUUGCUCGUUGAGAUCCCUUAAUAUCCAUACUAAUAACUGAUGUAGGGUCUGGCCGACGUGCGUGGUCUUGCUCCUCGUGAGCGUGCCCGGGUGAUCAUCGACAAGUGCUCUCACCCCGACUACAAGCCCAUCCUGCAGGACUACAUGGACCGGGCUGAGUUUGAGUGUCUGAAG